UGCGUUUCAUAAAAAGGAAAAGAAUAUUGCAGUUAACAUGUUGCACGUUUAGUGCGAAUAAACACAUAUUUAAUUAUAUGUUAUAGAAAAAUAUUUUAUCUUUUGUCAAGCCGACACGUGGAACUAUAUAAUUGCCCAUAAGUCAGUCACAAUAAAUAAAAAAUUGUUGCAAAAACAUGAAUAGUGAAUAGUCUUGUUCAUAUAUUGUUUCGGAACAUCUCUGACGAUUUUAGAUUUGAUACAUUAAUUUAGCGAGUCACACGCGAACGAAGAAUAUUCUUUGAAUAUGGAGAGAUUCAAAGAGAUCGAUUGGAAUUCUGCAUUAGAAGACAUGAUAGAUGAUGUAUUCAUCGAGGAUGAGAGAUUAGAGCGUGAAAGUGCAAUGCACAGGAUCAUGAGAGAUGAGUUUAGAGAUCCAUUUGAAGAUAUCGAACAAGAUUAUGCUAAUGUUAAUAUGGAAUUGAUAAAAAAAUAUCUUGCUGAAGAUCCUCUCACUGAUACAGAGGAAGAAGAGGAGCAAAAAACCAAUGAUAAAAAAAGAAACAGGAAAAGAAAAUUAAAAAAUAUUGAUUCUGAUUGUAAACAAACACAAGAGAAAAAUCCAUAUGUGCCUGGCAUAAGGAAAUUACCAUUCAAUUUUCCUAAAAGAUCUUGUUUAACUAAGAUUCAACAUAGUAUGUGUCUUCGUGCUUUAUUGAAAUUAUACAACAAUGAACAAAAGGGGUUGAGCAAGGAAGAACAAUUAGAUUUGGAAUCUUACAUAGCAUUAAAAGAAAAAAUACUUGAAGAACAGAAGGAAUUUUUAAACUUUGCCAAAAGCAAGUGGAAUGAUAGUUUCAAUUGGCCAAUUAAAUAUAGCAGAUUUAUAACAUCUAAAUGGAGCACAAAGAUGGAAAAGUUUCAAAAACUACCUAGAUAUUAUAUUGAAUCUAAAAAUAUACCACUUUCAGUGCAAAAAAUUAAUUCCACAUUCAAUAAAAGCAUUGAAAUAAAGUUUAUAUCUUGUUUGCAUCACUUAGGAUCAUUUUCCAAGGUGACGUGGCCAAAGUUAAAUCGACCAUUUAUAUUAAACACAAAUUAUACAAUGUUACUCAACAAGUAUCAAUGCGCCACUAACAAUGUGACGCAACAUUUCAGAUUUCCUGUGAGCGACGAUAUAUAUUGCGAGAAUUUUGCGAUAAAAACUAAAGCGGAUUUUGUUAUCUCAUCUAGCGGCCUGAAAUGUCUAUUAAACUUUGAUUCAUGUUACUUGAAUUCAUGGAUUAUACCAAUAGUAGUUAAAUCGCAUAAUGGAAAAAAUGUUGUCUACAUUGAUAAAAGAAUACCGCCUAACAUUGCUACAAUACCGCAACAGAACACUUGGGUAUACAAAUAUAUUCUCAGGCAUUAUUUUGUUGAUGCUAAUAAUGAAGUGUUCAACGAAAAAAUGCAACAUACAAAGGAGAAUAAAUCCGAAAAUAUUACAAUUCAUUCUGAUUUAGGCAAUAUGGAUUUAGAAUGUAGUGCUGAAUUUAAUGAUUACCUUAAAAUCUAUGAAGAAGAAUUGUAUGAACCCUCAGAUGAGCAAAAAUCGGAAAAUUCGGAUGAUUUAACAAGUGGCAAUGAGACAAAUAAUAUUAAAACAAAUGUAAUGUACAAACUUUUCACAAUAGGGCCAACAGAAUCUCUGAACCAAGAAUUAGGGAAACAUGAUGUGAAGGAAUAUCAGAUGUUGGUUCGUACGAAAACUGAUGGCACAGAGGUAUUGCCAAAUAAAACACAACAUGUAAUAUUAACGCCAAAAAUGGAGCAUCAGUUAGGACUCGGAGCCGAAGCUGUAACAUUUGAAGAAUUAUCACAUCAGUGGGCAUCGUUGAUAUUUAGACCAGGAACUAUAUUAGGUAGAGUCAGGAUUGAAGUAGAUAGUUCAGAAAUAAUACAAAUAGAAAAACACACUACAGCAUCAUUGAGCAAUGAGAUGAGAAGACUUUAUAAUACUAAAAUAGAAGAUUCUUUAAGUAUUCUGCAUAAUAUAAUUGAAGGAUUAUCAUCCUUGACGCCUGGUCAAUAUAUUAUGCGUCACGUUCCACAGAGAGGACCAUUUGCAUAUAUUUAUAAGCAAGUUGAAGAACCUGGGAAAAAUGUUUUCGAUUUACAUACAGUUUGUCAAUCUGCAAUGUUGCAAACUGUACCUAAAACACCAUGGCCUCUCAUUGAUACUAUGUUAACAACACCAGCCAUAAGACAAUUUAAGAAAAUGCCUGCAAUGUUUAACCCGUCAUACUAUCAAUCUCUUUCUAAUAAACUUAGAGGAAGGCCAAGAAAAAUUGAUUCUACUGAAUCAGCUCCUCGAAGAAGUGUUCGACUAAAAGAAGUGAAUGAAAAGUAAAAGAUAAAUGUAGUAAAUUUUUUUAGCAGACACAAUUUUAUCGUAACAUACGUUUUAUUGUCAUAGCAUACUUCAUGUUUGCCAUCCAAAUCAUCACGAAAUGAAAAUUGCAUA